UAGACCACAAAUAAAGACUUAAAUUGGUUAAAUAUUUUGCUAAAAGUGUGGAUAAAUUAUUAAAUUUUUAAUAGCCAUAUUUUAGAAACACAAUCCAAAACAAACCCUAAUCUUUCUCCCGUUGCUGAAUCUGCAUAAGAUUCCGGUAAUGGGGGAGUUAAAAAGUCCCAAUCUCACCACCAUGCCACCAUCCUCAUCGCCAUCGCCAUCAUUAAAAUCACAUAAACAACCACCACCGCCGCCUCCGCCGGAACCACCGACCACCGGUCUCACACGAUCGUCCUACAAAAAAGGCAAACACACCAAAGUAUUCCGAGUCGUUCGCUCCGUUUUCCGGUCGUUCCCAAUCGUAACACAAGCCAAAAUCCCACUCUUCCCCAGCGGCCGUCCGCCGGAAGGUCAUCGUGGAACAAACUGCGUCACUGGAACGCUGUACGGAUACAGAAAAGGAUGUGUCGCCCUUGCGAUUCAAGAGAACACCAAAACGUUACCGAUCAUGAUUCUGGAAUUGGAGCUCGAAACGAACGAGUUGCAGAACGAAAUGAAUGUGGGAAUGGUUCGAAUCGCGUUAGAGUGCGAGAAACAACAGGAAAAGGAGAAGGUGAAGCUUCUGGAAGAGCCGUUAUGGACGAUGUUUUUCAAUGGGAGAAAAGGUGGUCGUGGGGUGAAGAGGGAACCAACGGAGGAGGAUUAUUACGUGAUGGAGACGCUUGCGGCGGUGGCGAUGGGUGCCGGAGUUUUGCCGGGGAAAUCUGAGGUGGAAGGUUCCGACGGUGAGAUUGCAUACAUGAGGGCACACUUUGACCGGGUGGUGGGGUCAAGGGAUUCAGAGACGCUUUAUAUGUUGAGCCCUGAUGGGAACAAUGGGCCUGAAUUGAGUAUUUUCUUUGUAAGGAUAUGAUCUUGAAUUUUUUUGUUUUUAAAUUGAAAUUGGAUCGUAAUCUUUUUGUUUAUGGGUGAAUUUGGGUAGGGUUUGUAAACAUGUUAGGGGCGUUUAAGAACUUUGAUGUUAGAGUAGGAAAAAUAUUUAACUUUCAAUUGAUUUGUGAUAUCGUUUUGAUUGGGUUGUUAUCAUUAAAACUCUAAAAACUAUAGCUUUCAGUUUUAAA